AUGGCCGAAUCCUUCGUCCUCAACACCGGAGCAAGAAUACCGUCAGUUGGCCUCGGCACGGCGAAAACAGAGCCCGGGACCGUCGGGGAGGCCGUCUACGCUGCCAUCAAGGCUGGAUAUCGGCAUAUUGAUUGCGCUCCAGCGUACCGCAAUGAGAAGGAGAUUGGUUUGGCUCUGAAGAAACUGUUUGAGGAUUAUGUGGUUAAGCGUGAAGAUUUGUUUAUCUCUUCUAAGUUGUGGUCUGGUAAUCACGCCCCAGAAGAUGUGCCAGAGGGCAUUGACACUACUCUUGAAGAUUUGCAACUGGAGUACUUAGACCUGUUCCUUAUCCACGCUCCAGUCCGAACUAAUAAAGGAGCUGUCCGAACCGCUGAAAACUAUAUUACUCUUGAUGUCCCUGCUACAUGGGGGGCGAUGGAGAAGUUAUACGACUCCGGCAAGGCUCGUGCAAUCGGCGUGGGCAACUUUUCUUGUAAGAGGAUGGAGGAUUUGCUUGCCAUUGCUAGAGUAACUCCUGCUGUCAACCAGGUUGAGUCCCAUCCAGGUUGGCAGCAAAUGAAACUCCGCGAACUUUGCGAGUCAAAUGGUGUUCAUCUUUCUGCAUAUUCACCCUUAGGUAGGCCUGGAUCACCUGCGUUCACGGGUCCAAGCUUUCUUAGCAACCCUAUUGUCAUCUCUAUUGCCGAGAAGUUGCAGAGAAGUCCUGCACAGGUUGCUCUACGCUGGGGCCUUCAAAUGGGUCAGAGUGUGCUUCCAAAAAGCAUCAAUGAAACAAGGAUAAAGGAGAACUUUAACAUAUUGGACUGGUCUAUUCCUGAAGAUUUGAUGUCAAAGUUCUCUGAAAUACCACAGAUUAAGACUCUAAGAGCUGAAUUUGUAGUUCACCCGCAAGGUAUUUACAAAACCGUGGAGGAUUUUUGGGAUGGUGAAAUCUGA